UGUCUUUAAGGAAUGCCUCGACAAUGUUCUACCAUCUCGACUGAAGAUGUUGAAGACUACAUUCAUCGUCAGUCAAGAGUACGAACCUGCACUUUAUGAGCAUUAAACCACACGACUUAAACACAAUAUUGUGCUGUCUAGCUCUGCGAUUCACGUAUCGAAGACGCGUACAUGCGGCUUUCAGGUUGCUACGGCGACGUCGAACAGCGUGCUCCAGUUCCGCGUAAAUCAAUGAGCUUACCAUCUCGUAGGCCUCUCGCGAUUGAUACAGGCAUACGACCAUCCUCAGCGCAUGAAAGGCGAUCAGAGAAACCUCGAGGAAUUCUGAAGAAAACACAAUCCCCCGUUAGAAAUUCACAUCCAAAUCGUAAAAAAGAAUCCCCCGACGAAUGGUUCCAGCGUAUUAUGCACGCCAAGAAGCUGUCGCCUCUCGAUCUGUGCGAUGCUUUCUUGGGUGGAGGCGCUAGAAAGAACCCACUGGUGUCGUUGACUCACGUCUGUGAAGUUCUCUUCGAUCUCGAUCCAGAUGGCGUCGACCCUGUGACGGAAGACAUGGAGGAAUUCUUGUAUCAAUUUGCGGUAGAACAUGGCGGAGAGAUGAUGAUUAACAUUCGAGAGGCUCUUAGAGCGCUAGAUAUCUGGCAGUCUCGAGUCACUUCUCCAGCCCUGAAGUCGGUCUCUGAUCACCAAUCUAAGGCGACCAUCCUCGACUUGAAGAACAAAAAACUUAAAGAAUUGGUCUUCAAUUUAGAAGCUGCUAACCUUCGACUUAGUAGACAAUUAGACUCUGCGAAACUAGCACGCAGUCCUCCUUCUACAGAGGAAUCGUCUUCUCCAGCUUCGUCACCCAAAAGUCGAGUCAGAAGCAAGCUGUCCAGUGGCGAUUUCUCGUCAACAUUAAAGGCGACAGACACCCGAAAAUUCUCAUUCCAGAAUGAAAAAUCGUCUAGCUCGGGCUUACAAGUGGUAAAUCUUCACGAACAAGAGCUAGUAGAGAUCGCAAGUACGCUGCAAUUCACUGGAGUGCAGCGAUUAGAGCAAUUACUGAUCGAAGGAGACACCGACUCGACUGGAUUUGUGUCUUUAGAGCAACUUUGUUUGCUUCUAAAAGAAGAUUUUGAUCUGAAAAUUAGCGAGUCGAGACUUAUUGAGGUUUGUAUGGGGAUGAACUUCAACUCCAGUGGUCAACUGGACUAUAAGGAAUUUGUCGAUGUGUUGAUGGAUAUUCUCAUAUACGCGUUACCGGAUAUUCGCGAAUCUGCUAAGAGAAAAUCUAUUCAACGUCUGGAUCAGUAUUUGCAGCGUGGCUUCCCACCUGAACGUGAAGACGUUCGCCAGCUUCUAGAUGCUCUAUGUUCUAAAUAUGAUUUAGAACGUGACCAGAUUAUCCAGAUUAAGGAUUUAGUUCAUGUAUUCCACGUGGAUUUGGUCAAAUACCACGAACUCGAGUUACCUUUUCCGCUUCAAGAGCAAGAGAUUAUUCAGCUAGCUCGUCCUUUUAUCCAGCACAAAACGUUCACGAUCUCAACGAGACACUUUAAGCGGAUUUUCGAGCGACAUAUUAACCCAGAAGACAUGGAAACUCUGGCAGCAGCUUUAGCAACACCAGAUGAUACGCAAGUUGUUUCAAAUUUGAGAUACGACGUGUUGUUGAAAAUGGUAUUUGGAGCUCCUGAGCUGCAUGACCAACAGAUUUACGAGAUCAUUCGCAAAAAGCUUUUACGUGACCAAGACCGACUCUACUCACUUGUCAAAGAGAUGAUGACUCAGAGAUCGUCACACGAGCUUACCAUUCAAGACUUCAGUGAUACGUUCAUCGUUCGAGCGGAGACGUAUCCGUUGACGACCAUCGAGAUGUUGUAUCUGUUCGCAUCUCUAGAUUCCGACCACGUCGGAACAGUUCAAGUAAAAACACUCAACAAAUUCUUAACAAGAAACUGUUGGACCACGUUGUCCUUUCAAGAUGGUGACAUUGAAUCGGUUAAGAAGCUCAUCGCGAAGUGCUGUUCGUCGUACGAUCUACAGCACAUACUUGACAGUCUUGGACGUAGCUCUCACGGUUGGAUUCCACAAGCUACAUUAGUGCAACAACUGGACAAAAUGUUCCGCGAUUUGGGCGUUGUUGGUGUACGAAAGAAGGAUCUGCAACGACUGGUGGAGAAUGUGGUUCAACACACUGUUGGGGAGUUCUCAAAACCUUCAACUCGAGAUGCAACACGCGUGCAUUGCGACGCUUUCUUCGACGCAUUAUUCGACUGGAACGCUGUGCUUUCUAGCGUCAGACUACCGGAUUCCUUAGUCGAAGUGAAGAAAGUUUUUGAGACUUUUGACUAUAAGCACAACGGAACAAUUCGAAGCGAAGAUUGGAACAAAAUUUAUCGUGUGAUUUCUCUUGAUACCGACAAGAAAGGGUACUUCAAUGCAGCGGAUUUGAAGGCGUAUCUAACUAAAGAGCUCUUCGACAAGAACAAAAACGAGGAAGAUAUUAGCUCUGCACUUUUGAGCAGUGCAGACGCAUUAACAUCGGUGAUGUGCCUUCUAGCAGGAGAAGGAAUCGACUCACACGACUGCAGCCGACUCACUAUCUCCAUGCGAUCUCACACUGCCAAACCCGUGAAGCAGAGCUUCUUAUACUAUGGCUUCGAGUUGGUGUUCCUGGUUCUGGAUGUUGCUAACCGUUGCCUGUGA